AUGCUGGUUUUGCUCUCCAUGCCUCAUGCCACUCAUGCUGAGCCUAAAAACCAUCUGAAAGCAUGCCAAAAUUAUCUCCCUGGAAAAGUAUUGUGCGGUAAGAUCCCGUCACUCGAAUUUAAUCCACCUUGGCGAUCUCUGUCUAAAAGGCUGCAACUUUCUCGGGAAACAAACGGGUUCCGUAUUGGCCCUUCAGAUUUGGAACUGGUAGAGAAUAAUGAGGCGGAGAGCCACGGACUUUCGGAGGCCCCUGAGGAGGCGGUUUCCCAAUGCCUUGUGGUGGGUACUGUGUGGGGUUGCGGUUUUGCUCUUCAUUUUCACUUUGAGCAGAGGAAAUCAGAUGGAGUCCAGGCCUGUCAUUCCCACGUUGAUUGGUUUGAUGGGAAUGAGUUUUUUUUGUCAGUUUGGGAGCUAAAACAACAAAAAGAUAGAUACAGGAAUGAUAGACUUAUGGAAGGCCUUAACAUUACUGAAGAAAUGUUGAAUCCCAACUCAGUUUCCAGGCAGCUCAAUGACCAAAUUGCUCUGGCAAAAGCUUUCGUUGUGAUUGCCAAAGAAAGCAACAACCUUCAAUUUGCUUGGGAAUUAAGUGCUCAGAUUCGAAGUUCACAGAUCCUGCUGUCAAAUGCUGCAACCAGGCGAAUUCCUCUGACAAUUAGAGAAUCGGAAACUGCGAUUCGCGAUAUGGCACUAAUACUGUACCAAGCACAGCAGCUCCAUUAUGAUAGUGCAACCAUGAUCAUGAGACUGAAAGCCAAAAUCCAAGCUCUGGAAGAACAGAUGAGUUCUGUGAGUGAGAAAAGUUCAAAAUAUGGACAAAUAGCUGCUGAAGAAGUCCCAAAAAGUCUCUACUGUCUUGGUAUUCAGUUGACCGGGGAAUGGUUCAGAAACUCAAAUCUACAGAGGAAAACCAAGGACAGAAAGCAAAUAGACAUGAAACUGAAGGAUAACAAUCUCUAUCAUUUCUGUGUCUUCUCUGACAACAUCCUAGCAACUUCAGUUGUGGUCAAUUCAACUUCUAUAAAUUCCAAAAGUCCAGAUAAGAUUGUCUUCCAUCUCGUAACCGAUGAAAUCAACUAUGCUGCAAUGAAGGCCUGGUUUUCUAUAAACAGCUUCAGAGGAGUGGUCGUUGAGGUUCAAAAAUUUGCGGAUUUUACAUGGUUAAAUGCUUCUUAUGUUCCCGUACUUAAGCAGCUCCAAGACUCUGAAACUCAAAGUUAUUAUUUUUCUGGAAAUAAUGAUGAUGGCCGGACACCAAUCAAGUUUCGGAACCCAAAGUAUCUUUCUAUGCUUAAUCAUCUGAGGUUUUAUAUUCCAGAAGUUUUUCCUGCCUUGAAGAAGGUGGUGUUUUUGGAUGAUGAUGUUGUGGUUCAGAAGGAUGUGUCUGAUCUGUUCUCUAUUGAUUUGAAUGGUAAUGUUAAUGGAGCGGUGGAGACGUGCAUGGAGACAUUUCACAGAUACCAUAAAUAUCUGAAUUACUCUCACCCUCUCAUAAGAGCACAUUUUGACCCUGAUGCAUGUGGAUGGGCGUUUGGGAUGAAUGUUUUUGAUUUGGUUCAGUGGAGGAAGAGGAAUGUCACUGGUAUCUACCACUACUGGCAGGAAAGAAAUGUAGAUCGAACAUUGUGGAAACUUGGCACGUUGCCACCUGGAUUGUUGACGUUCUACGGAUUGACAGAGCCUUUGGAUCCCUUGUGGCAUAUUCUGGGUUUAGGCUACACAAAUGUUGAUCCUCAUUUGAUAGAGAAAGGAGCUGUGCUGCACUACAAUGGAAACUCGAAACCAUGGUUGAAGAUUGGGAUGGAAAAGUACAAGCCCCUUUGGGAGAAAUAUGUUGAUUAUAGCCAUCCCUUAUUACAAAGAUGCAAUUUCCAUUGA